CUGCCUGGGCUCUUGCGGGCGAGGCUGGCUCCGUCAGGCGGGGCGGAGGGGAUGCGGAGGGAGAAGGAGGACGAAGAGCAGCAGCAGCAGCGCGAGCAGCCGAGGCGCAGCCGCCACCACUGCGGGAGACCCCAUCCAUGCCGCGCGGCGGAGAGGGCAGCGGGCCCACGGGCAGGCGCGGCGGAGCUUCCCUUGCCACCCUCCUGCUGACAGUGUUCACAAUCCUUUCUAAGGUGCAGUCUGAUCGGAAUGUAUACCCUUCUGCUGGUGUUCUCUUUGUUCAUGUUUUGGAGAGGGAAUAUUUUAAAGGGGAAUUUCCUCCUUAUCCAAAGCCUGGAGAGAUGAACAAUGAUCCUAUAACAUUUAACACAAACCUCAUGGGUUACCCUGAUAGACCUGGUUGGCUACGAUAUAUUCAAAGAACGCCAUAUAGUGAUGGAGUUUUAUAUGGAUCACCAACUAUAGAAAGUGUGGGCAAAUCAACCACAAUUGAGAUCACUGCAUACAACAGGCGUACAUUUGAGACUGCAAGGCAUAAUUUGGUUAUUAAUAUAAUGUCAGCAGAAGAUUUUCCUUUACCAUAUCAAGCAGAAUUCUUCAUUAAAAACAUGAAUGUAGAGGAAAUGUUGGCAAGUGAGGUCCUUGGAGACUUCCUUGGAGCUGUGAAAAAUGUUUGGCAACCAGAGCGCCUGAACGCCAUAAACAUAACUUCAGCCUUGGAUAGGGGAGGCAGAGUCCCACUUCCUAUUAAUAAUAUGAAAGAAGGGGUCUAUGUUAUGGUUGGUGCAGAUGUUACUUUUUCUUCCUGCUUACGAGAACCUGAAAACCCACAAAAUAAGCUAAGAUGUAGUCAAGAAAUGGAGCCUGUCAUAACCUGUGAUAAAAAGUUUCGGAGUCAGUUCCAAAUAGACUGGUGUAAAUUGAAUUUGGUUUAUCCAACGCAACAUGUUUAUACUUCUCAAGCAGUGAACCACAAAGAAAACAAAUUACUAGAUGUCGGCGAGUACAAGCCCCCCUCUGAAAGUCUGAAAAGCCGGGAUUAUUAUUCUGAUUUCCUCAUUACAUUGGCAAUACCCUCUGCAAUAGCAUUGGUGCUUUUUCUAAUACUUGCAUAUAUUAUGUGCUGCCGAAGGGAAGGAGUGGAAAAGAGAAACAUGCAAACACCAGACAUCCAGCUGGUGCACCACAGUGCAAUUCAGAAAUCCACAAAAGAACUUCGGGAAAUGUCUAAACACAGAGAGAUAGCAUGGCCUCUCUCGACGCUUCCGGUGUUUCACCCGAUCACUGGGGAGAUUGUGCCGCCUGUUCACCCAGACAGCUAUGACAAUACAAGCAUGCCACUGAUGCAGACACAGCAAAACCUGCCACAUCAGACUCAGAUUCCACAGCAGAAAACAGAAGGAGAAUUUCGAAUGACAACAUUCCAAAGAUUGGAGGUAAAUGGCAUCCCUGAGGAAAGAAAACUUACAGAAGCAAUCAAUUUGUAAUUAAAUGAAACAGCCAAGAUCGUAUUUUAUUUCCUUAUCUGCUCCAAUGAUGCAUGAGUUUUUUUCUGAUAAAAGUUCGCAUGCAUGCAGUAUUAAAUAUUCCAGUGUCCGAUGGUACAAAUUCCAUAUUAUUAAAUCUAUUCUAUCAUUUUGUACUCAACAUUUUCAACAAAUUUGUAAAAUCUUAACUUUUAUAUUUGUGAUAUUAAAAUAUUUAAAAUAAA